CAUCUGUACCUGGCAAGUAACACACAAGCAAAGGUGAAUCAUUAUCAAAUGAAAGGUUACCAGAUCUAUGGAUUCAACAGGGAUAGAAGAAUCAUCUCAGAGGGACGAUGAUAACCAAGGGGAAGUAACCAAGGACAUGGAGGCCUCUGUAGUAGACACGCCAUCUGCCUCAGUUGCGAUUUCCGCUAAUGAUCAUACUCUGAGUCAUGUAGAGGCUAUGUCACAAGUAGAGUCCGUGAUGGCAAACCUCAUUACAGAAGACCCUCUGCUGUCUGACCUUCCUCCUCAAGUGACCUUAGAGGAAGUGAAUUCUUGUGUUGCUCUGGAAUAUGGGCAAGCCAUGGUGGUUAAUGUCCGACGGGCUGAUGACGAAGUUAUGGCGGUAGUCGUUACUCAAAAUGCAACAGUGCUGGAUUUGAAGCAUGCCAUAAAGCGUUACAUCACUCUGAAGCAGAUUCGAAAUGGAGGAAAGCUGCACCUCAGCUGGAAAUAUAUUUGGAAGCGAUACUGGUUAUAUUUCAAUUCUCAGAAAUUAUCAGAUAACAGAAAAUCUUUGAAAGAGUAUGAGAUUAGAAAUAAGGAUGAAGUGACUUUCAUAAAGCGAUUAAAAGACCGUGGAUGAUAACAACAAGUCAUCACUGGCAUAUAAUGUUGUUAGAUAUAAAACUGACCCAUCACACCAGUUUAGGACUCCCUCUUAGUCUGGAUCAGUCUUAAUUGUUGCUGUUGGUGUGACCAUGAGAACAAGACUGAUAGGGCACUUGCCACUGUAUACUUCCAGUGUCUUUGGAAAUCAAGUGUCUUAAGCAAUUAAAAUAGUGAUAGCAUGAUUUGCUGACUUAACUGAAUCAGUGCAGCAGACCUGUGGACACAGAAAGCGGAUAUAGAAGACUUGUGGAACAAUAUGCAGCAGGUGGUCACUUGAGAAUGAAAGGAUGAAAAAGACUUAAGAACAAGUUGCAAAAUGCUCAAAACUUGAUCACUGCUACUGAGAGGUUUACAUAGUAAAUAAAAAGAUGAC